AUGCCGUCCGAGAUCGCCGACUCAGACGAUGAGCCAGAAUUCAACUCGCCUCAGAAAUCAGAUGUGAAUUCAAUGCUUGACGUUCAACCUCCCUCAGUCGCGCCAGCCUCUUCAGCAAUUGACUUUGACCAAUUUCUGGACACAACUCAACAUCUAUCGUCACUGCCGUCUCCAUGUGGCGAGAAUGCCAAAUAUGCAACUAGUAGCACGGAAAAAAUCAUCAAUGGAAUUGACAUCGCUCAUGAUGUGCUGAAUGCCAGUUCAAAUCAGAACUCUGUGCCCACCUGGCCCGGAAACUCAAUCGACAUGAUGCUAAAUUCACCAAGAUCAAAGUCCGUAAAGAGAGCACGCAGCACAUUCGUUGUGAGCUCGGCCACCACAGACAGUGCACUCGCAAAGUCCGCAAGGAACAAAAGAACCAAAACCCAUGGCCAUCAACCCAGCAUGGACUUCGAAGACGAAAGAAACCAAAUCAUGUCAUCUAGAGUGCCUGAAGCAAGAAAGCCUACUUCUGCAAAUCAGUCUUCCAACAGCUCUGAACGUGGCAUCAACGGUUCGCUAGAGAUUGGGCCGUUCCAGGACAGCUUAUAUGCCCUGAACCCUGCCGGCAUAUCAAUGCAAAGACCCAAUUCAUUGCAGAAUAUGACUAGUAUGGCUUCCAUGGGAGGAUACCAGUCAAUCAACCUCGACUAUCGAGGCCUUGUGUCGGGACUCGACAUCAAUACGAACCCCUUUGGCUCCGUGAGUCAAGUCUCGCUCGAUGAGGAUCCGAACCACGCGGAAGGUCUACAUCAAAGCAACCAAGUCUUUGACCCUGCCUGCAAUGCGCAAGGUGAAGACAGUGCACUGGAGAGCCCCAAGGAUGGUGCACCACCGAUAUUUCAUUCUUCUCAGGACCAGCAGAUAACCGUCGAUCCUCGUGAAGUGGUGAAAGGUGACGAGGCUCUGCUCAAUACGGAGAACGAGACAUCGGAUACCCCAACAACGGCAAAUGAGAUAUCACUCCCAGAGCCGAUCAUAGCUAACGACGACAACCAGCAACCUAAAAAACGCGGCCGCAAACCCAAAGGCUCACGACUAUCAUCUAAAGUCACUGCACCUCUGCAUUUAGAUGACGAAGUCGAUGGGUUGGAACUCCCCGACUUAGAGUUGAUACGAAGUAGAAGACAGGGCACAGUGGAAUCUGUGUCUGCAGCCUCCCAUGCAUCCUCAACGGGCAAGCAACCCAAACGGCAAUCGAAACGAGUCGCAGAGCAAAUGAAUUCACAGUCUUCUCCAACCAAACAACCUACCAGUGAACUACACCUCAGUGACGAGCACGUCAUCGGUCUGCCUAAAGAAAGUUACAAGCCACGUCCAACCCGAUCACGGGCUAAGAAGACCCAAGAAGAAACAGAGGAGCAGGAUUGCCUGGAAAUGAACAAUCUAAAUCAGAUGUCUACCAGAAAGAUCGACGUUCAAGACGAUGCUCAAGAGGGAAAGCUCGACCUAGAUGGCGACGCAGUCCCAGAGCCCACUCCAGCAAAGCCCUCUGCCAAAAAGGGGCGCAAGAAUAAAGUCAAACGAGCCAAAACAUCUGCUGCUGCACUCCUGAAGAAAGCAGAGCCAAUGCUGAGCGAAGGAGAAGAAGAUGUCGUCUGGAUGGAUACCAAGCCUGCGCCAGUGAAACUGGACUUGCCACCUGAUCUCAAGAUUCUCAAAAAAGAUGAAAUUGAGGAAGAGAGAAAAACUGACCAGCUGAAGGGAAACCAGAAAAAGGAGCACACUUCUUCAGACGUUGCAAAAUUUUCCAUCCUCCUACCCGCGGCAGCAGCUGAAGACUCCAUUGUUCCCGACCUUGCAGCAAUCGCACUCAAAGCCGCGCCUAAGAAGCGUGGUCGCAAACCAAGGAAAGCUCAACCAGAACCAGCGGAACCGAAGAAAGCGCCCUUAUCCGAUGAAGUUGUUGUCGAAGACGAGGAACAAGAUCCAGAACAAAGAGACAAUCGCGAGGAUUCCGACGCUGUGACCACGGCGAAACGGCCCGCUCUGCGUGACAUCUCCAGCAACAUGCCGCCGACGUCGUCACGCAGGCCCUCGGACGUCAAGGCUCCGACAGUAUCACCACUGUCAUCUGUCGAACCCGAGCAGCAGCACGACCCUGGCAGCAGAUCGAUUAACAAUAUCAAUUUGUCACCCACCAAACCCAGUCCCAGCUCGCCUACUGCACAAGUGACACCAGUGAAGACGACUGCCAAGGGACCGACACAGCACUCUCCGAUCAACCCACCGACGGCCACUAGCGGCCGCGGACCCAAGGUCCUCUACCGGGUAGGUCUGUCGCGCCGGCAGAAUAUUCCAAGUCUACUCAGCCGAGUGCAGCGUGACAAAGAGCCGCCUAAGAUUGUGGUGCGCAAGGAAAAGGAGAAGAAGAAAAAGGAGGAUAAUGGCAGUGAUGACGAAAGACCAGAUCCUACGACCAUGAGAGACGGGGACGGUAUGUUGAUUGAGUGGGGAGAUUGA